AUGAUGGAGGCCCCGCCGCCACCGUAUCCACCAACCAGAACGAGGUAUCAAGACUACUACCGUGGCUACGGUCAGCAGCAUCCACCGCCGUUGCGUCCAUAUAGAGAUGAAUACUAUGGAGAAGGAGAAUAUGAGGGUUGUUUUCCUUUUCUAAGAAGCUGGUAA